GAAAUCUGAUACAUUGCGGCGGCACGGCUACAAAUCCUGUAAAACGUGUUCGUAACCGUAUACUUCCAUUUCUCUCAACCUCUCACGGCGGCGGACCGGAGCAAAAUCGCCACCUAUGCUGUCACCGUCUCCUCUCCGCCGCCUCUCUCCGGCCGUGCCUUCUUUACCUUCUUUCUCUAAACGCCGUCUCUAUAACCACAAACCACUUCCGAUUCUCCCCUGUUUUCAGUCUUUUCCCAAGCCUCUUAUUCGAGUUCGCGCCAUUGAUGCGGCUCAGCCUUACGACUAUGAAUCCAGAAUCGCGUCCCGUUUUCACAAAUCCCAGAAGCUCAAAAUCGCCAUUGUUGGGUUUGGUAACUUCGGUCAAUUUCUCGCUAAGACUAUUGUCCGACAAGGUCAUACUGUCUUGGCUCAUUCCCGAUCGGACCACUCCGACGCGGCUCGUAAGCUCGGGGUUUCGUUUUUCUCGGACCCCCAUGACCUUGCCGAAGAACACCCAGAAGUGAUUUUGCUCUGUACGUCUAUAAUUUCGACUGAAAGUGUUCUCUUAUCGUUGCCGUUGCAGAGAUUGAAGAGGAAUACAUUGAUAGUGGAUGUGCUUUCAGUGAAGGAGUUCCCGAAAAGUUUAAUGUUGGAGUUACUGCCGGAGGAUUUUGAUGUAAUUUGUUCUCACCCGAUGUUUGGACCUGAAAGCGGUGCGAAAGGGUGGAAUGAUCUGUUCUAUGUUUAUGAGAAGGUUAGAAUUGGGUCGGAGGAAUCUAGGGUUUCGCGUUGUGAGAAAUUUUUGAGUAUUUUUGAGAGAGAGGGCUGCAAAAUGGUGGAGAUGAGCUGUGCGGAUCAUGAUAGAUAUGCGGCUGGAUCGCAAUUCAUUACUCAUACUGUUGGGAGAGUUUUGGAUAUGUUAAUGUUGGAGUCUACGCCGAUUAACACUAAAGGGUAUGAGAGUUUGUUGGAUUUGGUGAAGAACACUGCUGCAGAUAGCUUUGAUUUGUAUUAUGGCUUGUUUAUGUAUAAUAAGAACGCGUUAGAGAUGUUGGAGAGGUUGGAUUUGGCUUUUGAAGCAUUGAAACAACAGCUCUUUGGGCGAUUGCAUGAUGUGGCGAGGAAGCAAUUGUUUGGAAGUGCAGAGAAAUUGCGCACUUGGCCUGAUAUUCCUCCUCAAUAUGGUGCUUCUCUUUCACUGACAGCUUAUUCUGAGGCUACCAGGUUUCCGAACUUUUCUCCAACUUUUGACUUUAAAACUGCAAAAACUGAGGAAAACUCUAAGCUCAAAAUUGCUAUUAUCGGAUUCGGUAAUUUCGGACAAUUUCUUGCCAAAACAAUGGUAAAACAGGGCCACACUGUGUUAGCCUACUCGAGAUCGGACUACGCAGCUGUGGCUGAAGAGUUGGGAGUUUCUUACUUUUCUGAUGCAGAUGAUCUAUGUGAAGAACAUCCAGAAGUAGUUCUUCUCUGCACUUCGAUUCUUUCAACGGAGAAAGUUCUCAGGUCGUUACCUUUUCAAAGAUUGAAGAGAAACACUUUGUUUGUUGAUGUACUUUCAGUGAAAGAAUUUCCAAGAAACUUGUUUCUUCAAAUUUUACCCCCAGAAUUCGACAUCCUCUGCACUCAUCCCAUGUUCGGGCCAGAGAGUGGUAAGAACGGAUGGAACAAUCUUUCCUUCGUUUACGAUAAGGUUCGAGUAGGAAAUGACGAAUCAAGAGCCUACCGUUGCAACUUCUUUCUCGAUAUCUUUUCGAGCGAAGGGUGUCAAAUGGUGGAAAUGUCAUGCUAUGAUCACGACCGGCAUGCUGCAGGGUCGCAGUUCAUUACGCAUACGAUGGGGAGAGUUUUAGAAAAGUUGAGCUUGAGCUCUACCCCAGUUAACACCAGAGGUUAUAAAACCUUGUUGGAUUUGGUGUCAAAUACUGCUGGAGAUAGCUUUGAUCUUUACUAUGGUCUGUUUAUGUACAAUGCUAAUGCCAUGGAGCAGCUUGAGAGGUUGGACCUGGCUUUUGAAGCAUUGAAGAAGCAGCUCUUUGGGCGCUUGCAUGGUAUUAUCCGGAAGCAACUUUUUGAAAAUACGCAAGGCAUCACAGAGGCGCAGGAAGAUCCAUUGAUGAAGCCAUAUCAGAACGGCACUGCUCUUGUAACCUUGUCUGAUUCUCGUGAUCUUCAUUAGGAAUCAUCUCUCAGUCUUACUUGUAUGCUGGUGGUGCACAGUUAAGAAUCAACCAUGUCGAAGGCGCAAACGGCCCCUACAACUCCAUGGCAGCUCUACUCCAUUGUCGUUCUCGAUCCCGUCAACCAGCACCCAAAAUCCGACGCCAUUGCAGGGAGGCUGGUGAGUAAUUUAAAAGUGUUGGAGGAAAAGUAGAUGAGUCUUUGAUGGGAUAUGGAAGAAGAUGAUUAAAAGUGUUAGUAGGAAUAAAUUCUGGGUUUGAAUUGGGAGA